AUGCUACGAAUAGUAUAUCUUGCGGCAGAUCUGGCCAGCCGAGUGUCGCGACAGCUCUUGAUGCCGCGGGCGGCCAACGACGACAUCCUCCCCCCUCUCAAGUUCAACGACAAUGGCACGUUCCAGAUGUCCAUCUUCUCAGACAUGCAUUUCGGGCAAUCUGAGUCCAGCACCGGUCCGGCCCAAGACCGCAACACGGUUCGCGUCAUUGGCGAUGUUCUCGACUUUGACCCUCCCGACCUCGUCGUUUUGAACGGCGACUUGAUCAACGGCGACACCACCCAGAGCCACAACAGCACGCACUACAUUGACCAGAUCGUCGCCCCCAUGGUGCGCAGGAACCUCACAUGGGCUUCCACCUACGGAAACCACGAUCACAGCUACUCCGCGGACAGCGCCGACAUUCUCAAGCGGGAGCAGAUGUGGCCCGGGGCGCGAACGCGCAAAAUGGUGACGGCCAAGGACGCAGGAACCACAAACUACCACCUCCCCGUGUACUCGGCAGCCUGUGCCCGCGACGGCUGCGCCCCCGAGCUCAUCCUGUGGUUCUUCGACAGCCGCGGAGGCUACUACUUCCAAGGCGCCGCGCAGGCCAACUGGGUACACGCCAGCGUCGUCGCCUGGUUCCGCGAAACCAACGCCCUCUUGACGAAAAAGUACCAAAGGGCCAUUCCCUCGCUCGCCUUUGUCCACAUCCCCAUCCACGCGACGUGGGCGAUACAAACCCGUGCCAAGCCCAAGCCUGACUACCAGCCCGGCAUAAACGACAAGCUGGCCGUCUCGCAGCAGGGCGAGGGCUGGUGCCGCAACAACAGCCAGCAAGCGACGUGCGACUACGGCGGGCAGGACGAGCCCUUUAUGCAGGCUCUGGUCGAUGUCCCGGGCCUCAUGGGGCUCUUUUACGGCCACGACCACGGCAAGACCUGGUGCCACCGGUGGGAUUCCCGCCUGCCGGGGAUGGAUGUCGCCGGCAACGGGCUCAGCCUGUGCUACGGCCAGCACUCGGGGUACGGGGGGUACGGCGACUGGAUCCGCGGCGCGAGGCAGAUUGUCGUGAGGCAGGACGAGCUUGCCGACUUGGCUGUCGAGACGUAUGUGCGCCUCGAGUCGGGGGCUGUUGUCGGUGCCGUGACGCUGAACUCGACGUUUAACAGCGACUGCGAGCGUUACCCGCCUACCCCGAAUCAAUUUACGUACAUGGACAAGACUGUCAAUGGGCGCGUCAAGGUGUUUCGAUCGGAAUCGACGAGGUUGGGCGGUUGGGAUGCGUGGGCGUCUGGUUAUUACGGCGUGGCGUGGGUAGUCAUUUGGCGUGUAUUCUUUUGA